AUGGCUGAGGAGGAUGCGUUGGUAGACCUUGCGCAGCUGGGGCGUGCAAAGCCCAGUCAGGAUCCACGCCGCAAACGCAUCGUGCUCAACUACGCCGACUGGAAAGAAUGGGCAUGCGAGGAAGGCAACAUGAACCUCUCCCCAGAGCUGGCCUGGGUGUACUUUGAGACAUUUGACCUCAUCUCGGAGCCUGGGAGCGCACAUCGGCUCAAGCUGACACAAAAGGAACAGAAGCAACAGACGUCCGAGGGCAUCGCAGAGAAGCUGCGAAGCAAGAUCCACGUACCAAUGAUCGAGUUUCUGCUCUUCCUCUUUAUCCAGCACUAUGGGCGGGCCAACUUCAAAACCAUCGACCACACCGAGGAAUUGCCACCAGCCCUCUCCUCCCCCGAGUUGAAGGAAACAUAUGUGUAUCACAUUACGUCACUGAAACGGGCGCGGUUGAAGUUCUUGCGUCAUCACAUGGAGGAUAUCAUCUCGCUACUCCUCCACCUCGAGUCGUAUCGGCGGUGGUCGGUGAGCGGGCGGCCGGAGCAGGAGAUCCGGGUGCCGGCUGCACACGUGAUGGCCCUGGACUGGCUCAUCAGGGUCGAGGGCGCAUACCGCCCCUUCAGUCAGGUUGUGCUGGACCAACAGCACCACCGUGCAACCGGAUACUCAAAGAUCACCGAGACGUUUGUGAUGUCCGCUUUGCUGACGUGGGUGCGCGACCGGCUCGUUCUUCCGCCACCGGCGGUUUUGUCCGAAGCGAAACCGCUGAUAUGUGUGGAUGAGGAGACGGGUCCUGCUGUCCUCGCCAGGCUCUCCCGCACCACGCAACUGUGGGAAGAGAGUCGGCUGCGCAUGCGGGAUGUGCACAUCAGCAAAUGCUCCGUCACCAUCCUCUACAUCCUCGCCCCUCUCCGCCACGUGUGGAUCGACGAGUGUGUGCGGUGUACGGUUGUGCUCGGCCCCGUUGCGGGCGUCCUCCACAUUAGCAACUCCCGCAGAUGCACCGUCGUCGCGCCCUGUGUCCGAUUCAUGGCCAGGUCCGUCGCUGACACGACAGCGCAUUUGUGCACGAACACGCGCCCGCUGCUGCUGGACAGCACGCAGGAUCUUACUUUGGCGCCUUAUCACACGUUCUAUGGCGCCCUCGGGCGGCAUUUAGAAGAAGCAAGGAUUCUGCCAACACGAAACUUGUGGAACCAUCCCAUCCGCAUCAGCCCCUCAGGGUGGCAGCCUGCUGACACGAAUCUGCUCGACCCACAAGAUCUGUGUCCAUUCGUGAUUCCAUUUGACGUGCCAGGCGACACAGUGGCAAAUCCUUGUGCACUGUCGCCGGCAUAUGAGCGGGGAAUGCUGGACAACAUCGAGUUUGUAGACCAGCUCAAAGGCCGCCUCCGCAGCGCACAAGAUCGUGAUGACAUUCCUCAAGAAACGGUACAACAGUUUGAGCACAGCAUGCAUGCCGCGUUCCUGGAGUGGCUGAUGUACACAAAGAGGUUGCGGCAGGUGCAUGACCUAAACACGACGGGCAGCAGGCCUGCGUCGGCUCUGAGUUCGGCGGAUCACAUCACCAACCAGCCACAGCACAGCAGUAACCACAGCUUACACAGCUCCUUCAGCAUCCAGAGCAGACAACCCUCCAAUGAUGACCUCCCACCACCGUCACAGCAGCAGCAGCAGCAACAACAACAACAACAAGCGGGGCUGACUCUGAGCUUAUCCUCAGACAAGGAGUUGCCAAAGUACCUCUUGGCCUUGUUUCCUCCAAACCAGGCACUAUGCCAGCCCAUUGGCGACGCCAUCCACCUUGUGGACGUUUCUCGCGAUCCCUCAUCAGCGUGCACCGAGGAGUUGGUGGACGGCCUCGUGUUUUGUCGCAACCGCGACCCCGCGUUUGCGGCGCCAUGCGACGUUAUUCGGCGUUCAAGAGCGAGCUGCGACAUUGGAUACAGAUGUCUCAUGUGCAACAACCCACCCGCCAACCUCGUUGACGCAUUUUGCGUUCCUGUCUGUGGAGACGGUAUGGUUGUCGAGCGUGAAUACAGCUGUGACGAUGGUAACCUUGUUCCUGGUGACGGGUGUGAUGAAAACUGCCAUAUUGAGACCGGUUGGGAUUGUGAUGUUGGUCCGCCGGGACCAACCAAGUGCACCAUGCGUUGCGGUGACCGUUUCCGUGUUCACACUGCGCUAGCUCAAGAAGAAUGCGACGACGGCAAUCUUCGGGAUGGUGACGGAUGCUCAAGCACAUGUACGAUAGAGGAGGGCUACAUGUGCAUCGAUCAUGGACUGGUGAGCGUUUGCACAGGGAUUUGCGGUGACGGACUCAAGGUCCCCGCCGACAGCUGUGAUGACGGUAACUUUAUCGAUGGUGAUGGCUGCUCAUCAACUUGUGAAAUCGAACCGGGCUGGAAAUGUCCAUUCUGUGACCCAGAACUGCUGAGAACGUCAUGCUGCAUUCCAUGGUGUGGAGAUGGACGCCUCGUGGCGAACGAACAAUGUGACACAGACGUGGUACCUAUCAAGCGAUUCAACAAAGGUGGCUGUGACCGCAAUUGCAAGCUGCGCAUCGGGUGGUACUGUGAGGGCGAGCCAAGCGUCUGCACUACCGUGUGUGGCGAUGGCAUGUUUGCCAGAGAGCAAGGCUCCCCCGAGGAGUGCGACGACGGCAACCUGAUUGACGGCGAUGGGUGCAGUUCCAACUGCGAGGUUGAGCGUGGGUACAAGUGUAUCAUUCAUGCAGAAGCCCCGGACACAUCCGACUGUACAUCCUUUUGCGGCAACGGCAUUAUCCUGCCAAACGAGGAGUGCGACGAUCGCAACAGACACCCAAAUGACGGCUGUACACAGUGCACGGUCGACGAAGGAUAUGUGUGCGAGGGCGAACCAAGUGAAUGCAGGCGAUUGCGGGACUGUGAACCAGGCUUGGGUCCAGAUGGUGUCACUGCAGACAUCACGGCAAAGCCAACCGGGUUUGACGUGCAGGUCCUUUGUCUGAGGCACACUGGCAACCGAGCACAGGGCGCGUCACUCCCAUGUAUCCCCAUUGGAGCUCAACUGAAUCCGGUCGUCACCGUCACAGCGACUGUUGGCUUGCAACUGCUGUGUCCAGGCUCCGACCCUAUCAAGACCGCAGCGAGUGACGCAAUUUACCUGCUGUGUCGUGGCGAUCUUAGCACCCUGCAAGUGUCUGCAUCGGCUUCCGUUGUGCUUGAUGGCCCGCGGCUCACGCUCAAGCAGCUUGCUAAGCGCACCGUUGCAUCAAGCUUUGCUGGGCCAGUGGUGGCGAUUGGUUCUAUUGGACUCCUCGCAUACGACGUCGUGCAGGACAUUGUUGCUGCACUCGAUGCUGUUGCUGCAUUUCGGCAACGUAUUCCGCAGCUACGUGCGUGCGCACAAGCAGCAGUGACUGCCGCUCAAGGAGAUGUUGCCGAUGCAAUCUGCGAGGACCGCAAUCACUUGCGCAGCGACCUGCAGCAGUGUCUCAGCGGCAUUUCACAGUACCUGUCAUUUGACGUCCAUCCUGGCUCUGAUCGCCGACGCCGCCAGUCAGACCAGCCACGUCACGUGAAGGAGGAAGAACAGGCGACCCCUGUGUCACAUGAGCGAGUGGUGCGCACGACACCCUCCUUCCGUUGGCCACCCGCCAAGGAUGCACACGAGAGCAAUGCAUAUGACCCCGUCGUGCUUGCUUCUUUGCCGCUGAACUUGACGGUCAACAGCACGGGCGAAGGAAGCGAUGUAUUUGCUGUGGACGUUGGCGAGGGCGUGGCAGUAGCCGCAGAUGGCCAGUUUCUGCACAGCGAUGAGGGCACGUGCCUUCCUGCGCUCUGCGGUCCCGCUACUUCUCUGCCAGUCACCGGCUUUGCGAACGAUUCAACCAACACAACAUUCAUCAACGAAACCACGACGGCAACAACACCCACGCCCACAACAACGCCUGCAAACGCAUCAGAACAGGAAACAUUGCUUGUGCCUGUUUGGCAGCCCUUUGCUGCAUUCUCUCAGCAAGACGCAAUGCACACGGUCGCAAGCGUUGCCGCCGCGGCAAACGUGAGUGCAACACGCGUUCGCAUCGUUGACAUUCGUCCAGUGCACACAGAGACUACUGAAGAACACGUCUUACUUCUCGUCUACGUUUCUGGAGAUGAGAGUGGUAACGCAACUCGGCGAGUGCUCGAGGCGGACAGUUUGCAGGCAAGAAUUGCAGCACCAACGACAACGACAACGACAACGACAACAGUCGCAGCAACAACCACGACGACAACAACAACAACAACAUCCAUGCCCCUGCCACCACCGCCAAGCUCGUCUUCCACAAAGAGUGCGGCAGGGCCUGAGCCAUUGACUACCCGUGACCAAUCACAGGAACCACGAGCCACAACCUCAUCAGCAACCAUGCGAACAGCGCCGUCCUCCACAGCAACGAACGCCAAUCACGAAACUUCCCCACAGGCAUCAUUGCCAAACUUUUUCACCAUCGUCAGCACCACCACCACAACAGCACACAUCACCACAGCCAAAGAUGUUGAGGAGGCCAGCAGCAGCACGGAGCGGUUGACAACAAGAGCACUGGCAGGAAUAAUUGCCGGUGCCGUCUGCGGCGUUGUGGUACUUGCUGUCAUAGCCGUGAAAUGUCAUGCAAAGAAGCGUGCGCGUUUGAGCCCUGCAGAGCAGAGCGACUGCACGAACCCCCAGCGCAGAGAACUGGCGACUCUGGAGGGAUUUGACAUUGGCGACGUUCAGGAGAACACGACAGCUCUGUCAGAGAUCUGA